AUGGCGGUUUUCGCUAGAACAAAGCGGGUUUCCGAUCGGCUAGAUGACCGUGUGAAGGAUAGUAUCGUCGGCCGUCAUCGGAGAGAACCGGUGUAUGUUAGCAGUGGAAGCGAACACAGCGCCACCGGUAGUGGUGGACGUAAUGAGGAUUCAUCGUCUUCACCUCAUCUUUCGAAUCUGCUUCAUUGCUUUCUCGAGCAAUCAGAAGGAGAAGAAGGAGGAGGAGGUGGUGGUGUAGGUUGUAAUAGCGACGCCGAUGAUGACGGUAAGGAAUAUGAUUCGGAUUCCGAUUUGGAUUGUGAAUCUGAUCGUACGGAUGCAAUUGUUGAAAUUGUGGUUUCGAUGUUGAGGAAGCAAAAUGUUGAUAGAUUCAGAAGUGUGUUGUUGGCUAAUGUUUUGAAAGGUAUGGAGAUUUUUCACUCCUUGAGACCUAACAAACAAAUUCUCCAUAGGAAUUUAAUGUUAUUUCUUCAAAAUGUUGGUUACAAUGCGGCGAUUUGUAAGACGAAGUGGGAGGGAUGUGGCGGACUUACCGCCGGUAAUUACGAGUUUAUCGACGUUGUCCGAUCUGAUUCCGGCGUUCGCUACUACAUAGAUCUCAACUUCGCCGGAGAGUUCGAGAUCGCCAGACAGACCAAUCAUUUCGACCGCCUAUUGCAGAUCCUUCCGACGGUUUUCGUUGCCAAAAGUGAAGAUCUAAAACAGAUGGUGAAGUUGAUGAGCGAUGCCGCGAGACGUUCGUUGAAGAGUAGAGGAUUACUCCUCCCUCCCUGGAGAAAAAACCGGUUCAUGCAGAACAAGUGGUUCGGUCCGUACCGACGGACGGUGAGCUACACCCCGACGAAUAUGUCGUCGGCGUCUGCAGUUCCGGCGAAUUCAACACCGUCUACCGUCAAAUGUCGUUCGGUCGGAUUUAACGCCGUUAGUAACACCCCGUUGUUUCCCGCGGCAACCCGUACGAGAUAA